AAAAGGUGGUAGGAAUUUCAACAAAACAUAUUAGAGAAAAAAUUGUUGUCGAAACGCCUAAAGAUUUUGCCAAUCUCUACGAAAGAUGCUGGUCGUCAGAUCCAGGAAAACGUCCAACUCUAAAUGAAGUUUCAAUAGUGCUUGAGAAG